GCCGAGCCAGAGGCGGCAGAGCCUGCGGCCGUGGAGGGAGUGCCGCCGCUGGCGAGCUCCGCCGCGGAGGCCGCCCCGGGCGAGCCCGACGUCAGUUCCGAGAAGGAGGACGCGUUUGCCGCGCUGGAGGCGGAUGGGCGGCAGGAGGCGUGA